AUGGCUUCUAUUCGGAUCGCAGACAUCCAUCGCCCAGAUCUGACAAAUUCUGAGAAAAUAGGGCCAUCCAUCACGGAUGUGGAGCAUUUGUCCUCUUAUAAUUGGAUCGAAUCGUCCACCCCCACUAUUGCCGUCCCCGGCUGCCCUCCUCUUUGGUCCCCACCCAAAACGCCCAAGAAAGUGGCCAAAGACUCUGGGCUCAUUUACAUCGCUCAAAACGCGGUUCGCCAUCCUGAAAGCCCUCUUGAACCACUCUUUCGCUCGUUGUAUAUUGAAAAUCCUCUAUACAACAUACGCCUAGUUGACCUAAUAACUGAUCGAAACAAUAUUCGCAAACUUUUAUCGUUCAUCAACCCAAAUCUCUCUAAAAAUGGACUUGAACCUUUUACCAUUGACGUCGAGGUCACGAACAAUACGGCGAUUUUUUGUCGAAUGGAAGCCGAAACAUAUAUGUUUAUCGGGCCACACGAGUUCCGGGGUUACGGUCACGAGUUUGAGAAAGCGUUCACCACUACCCAGGUUUCCGCUAGUACUGGGCAUCAUAGGAUUAUCUCCUACAACUUCGGUGAUUUAAAAUUCAUAGUGCGCUACGAAACUGACGCAUAUGUUGAUGAGCUUUCAGAAGUUCAAUCUCGAAAUGUGGAAUUGGAAAAUGGGAGCUUACUGAGCAUGAUGAAAACCAUGUCUCUUUCGCAACAAGAAAGUCGCUCUCGCCUUCCCGCCGAGUCCAAACUAGUGAUGAAAGAAGAAGGCAAACAGGUACCAAUUCAGUCAACUCUUGAGAUUAAAACACGUGUUGCCCAUAAGCCUAUCAAUAUACAAGAAGUCCUUCCACAGCUGUGGGUAUCGCAAACACCCAAUCUUGUCCGUGCCUACCACAAGGGUGGCUUAUUUGAACCGCCGGAAGUCGAAGACGUCACUCGUGAGAUUACUAAAUGGGAAGAAGACCAUGCUAGUGACCUUAGGGGUUUGAUUAUACUGAUCAAGGAAAUCAUUAGAGUGGUGAGGGAAAAUGACGGGAACGCUGUUAUCAAAUAUGACGGUCGAAGCGAUAACCUUGAGGUUUGGAGGAGAAAUGGACGCAAGAUGUUACCAGAUGAUCUGUAUUCGAAGCUUGGUGAUAAAACGGAAUCAGCGCAAGCGAUUGGAUCAGACCCUCAAAAAACAAAACUCAAAAUUGGGGAUACUUUCUACAGUAUUGACAUCUCGAUGAUGCCAUAUCUAUCGUCCUUCGUUAGGUUCCAACGCCUGGCCCAGCCGCAAAGUACAGAUUUCAUCCACCAGAAUAUUCCUUUGUUUGAUAUUGGUGUGAUUCCACAACUUCCUUACCCAAAGUAUUGGCAGCUGCGAGGUGUUGGCCAUCUGGAUCUCCUGGAUUUCAAGAGGUCUGGAUUGCCACGGCACGCCUUCCAAAGAAGGGUCUCGGAAGAAUACUUCGAGACAGCCACACCGUACUUGGAACAACAGGUGUCCUUCAAUGUUACGCCAACCUUUUCUGUCGUCCAGAUACACAUCGGUUGCCUACAUGCGACAUUGACGGUCAAGGGUGGAUUCUUAGUGUCCAAAGAUUUCGCCACGCGUUAUACUAUCCGGUCGUUUUCGCGGUACCUAGCAUGGGGCCUUCAAGAAGAACUGGACGAAGAGGCCCAGAAGGACUGCUACUAUCUCUACUUGGACUUUCUUGAGUACCGACAGCUCUUCAACAGCAAGGAGAUGUCGUUCCACGGUUCAGUGUUCCAGAGCUUAGAGUGA